UCGUCACCAGCACCUUCUUUGGCAUCUUCUUUAGAACGUCUGAAUAUAUCAACUAGUUCCGAACAUGACCACGAACUACAAAAUACUCACUUUGAAGUACACACAACGGAAGAAAUGGAUGUCCCUUUAACUCCUAUUAUGCAUGAAGUUAUAGAUGAAGAAAACUAUACCAAUAUUCCAUCUAUCUCAUCAAUUCCAUCUUUACCCACACCGACUGCUACGUCACGAAAAACCCGAUCCAAGCGUCCUAAGGUCCUGAGCAAAAGAUCCAAAGUUCUCAAGAAGUUUUCAUUAGAGUACACAUGGCGGCGAGCAUUUUUCCAACAUAGAGCUGAACUCGAAACAAGUAAUGAAAAUGAUGAGUACGAAGACAUCAGUUUAAACGAUACUGUGUUGGAUUAUUUUAUGAAAUUCUUUUCAGAAGAUAUUUUUGUGGACAUUGUUAACGAAACUAACAUGUAUUCUGUGCACAAAUCGGGAAAGUCCAUUGAUUUGUCAGUUGAUGAGUUUCGCGACUUCUUGGCAAUUAAAAUAAUGAUGGGUAUAGUCGUUAUGCCAUCUUACCUAGACUACUGGUCAAAGCAAUUUAGAUUUGCUCCAAUAGCGGACCUCAUGAGCCUCAAAAAGUACCAACUAAUACGUCGCUAUUUGCAUUUUGCUGACGUAAAUUUUGAAAACUCAGAUAGGCAUUAUAAAGUGCGACCUGUCGUCGAAAAAAUCAAGAAAAAUUGUCUGGCUCAGGAAACAGAAAGAAACUUUAGCGUCGACGAGAUGAUGAUUCCGUAUAAAGGAACCAAAGCUGGGAAACGACGCCAGUAUAUGAAAGACAAGCCUAAUAAGUGGGGCUUCAAAAACUAUGUGCGAGUUGGGCCAAGUGGAAUGAUUUACGAUUUCAUUCUGUAUGGAGGCGAAGACACCUUCCGAUUUCACAAAUUUGCCGACGAUGAAGCGACAAUCGGCUUUGGUGCACAAAUUGUACUAGCUCUUUGUCAAUCGAUAAAAAACAGACCAUCUACUGUGUGUUUUGACAACUUCUUUUCAUCUCCAGAGCUUGUGUAUAUUUUACGUGAAAGAUAUGGGCAUCUUUUCGCUUGGAACCAUUCGACGUAAUCGAUUGAGAGGAGCAGAUGAAAAACUGGUGAAUGAAAAAAUGCUUAAAAAGAAACCAAGA